UCCGUACUAGUAUAAGUCUGUGGCCCCAGGGUCUAGUCUUGCUCGUACGCCCCGUCCUCGUCUAUCAGCUUUUGAGUCGCCGUACCCCGAAUACAUCAUGGGUGUCACAGUUGAGGUUAUCAAGCCUGGUGAUGGCGCUCACUUCCCCAAGAAGGGUGACAAGGUGACAAUACACUACGUGGGUACAUUGGUGGACGGUCGUAAAUUCGACUCGAGUCGGGACCGGGGACAACCCUUCGAGACCGAGAUUGGUGUAGGCAAGGUGAUUAAGGGCUGGGACGAAGGUGUCCCUCAACUAUCGUUGGGCGAGAAGGCCGUCUUGACGGCAACACCAGACUACGCAUAUGGCGCGCGCGGCUUCCCACCCGUGAUCCCCCCGAAUUCUACGCUGAAGUUCGAGGUCGAGCUCCUCAAGAUCAACUGAGGCCUGGGCCCGAUCCUCACGCACCUUGGACGUUUCUAUUCUCUG